AUUUUUAAAAUUCAGUCGAGAAUUGGACUCAGUGCGGAUUACACGGCUUUAAUAAAAUGCUCGCGUUACGACUGUGCAGUCUUCUUCCAAUAAUUGUAGCUUUGCCAAGUCUCUUAGACGGAGCUCGCAUACUGGCAAUAUUUCCUUUUCCGGGCCCUUCGCAGUACAUCAAUGUGGUUCCGUAUUUAAAGACACUUGCCUCGCGAGGUCAUGACGUUACUUCAGUGAAUGCAUUUCCGCAAAAGAAACCUGUAAAAAACUUUCGUGAUAUUGUCGUUCUGGAAGUAUUUCAGUCCUAUGAAGAAACAAUCAGUACAUUGAGUGACGCCAAGAAUACGUGGGAGGAAAACAAUUUUAUAAAUGAUUUUUUUAUCAGUGUAACAAAGGCAGUGCUGAACAAUGCUGAAGUACAACGGGAGCUCCUUCCACGUGGUAAAGCUCAGUAUGAUUUGAUCAUUGUAGAGGCUUUACGAACCGAUGCACUUUAUGGAUUUGCUGCACAUUUCAAUGCGCCCAUUAUUGGCAUUUCUACUUUUGGUACCGACUGGAAUAUUGAUGAGUUGGUUGGCAAUACUGCUCCUCUUUCUUACAUACCGCUUGUCACCGCUGGUCUAAGCGAUCGAAUGACCUACUGGGAGAGAGUUCAUAAUUUUGUUGAGACAUCCAUAGCAUGGGUCAAUUGGAAACUGAAAUAUCACCCAGUUCAGGUCAAGCUGUAUGAGCAAUUCUUUCCUCAUGUCGCCAACAAAGUUCCAUUGGUUGAGCUAUCCAAGAACUUCUCAUUAGUUCUACUCAAUCAGCACUUUUCGCUCAGUUUCCCUCGUCCCUAUGUGCCAAAUAUGAUCGAGGUGGGAGGACUACAUAUAUCUCACAAACCUGCCCCAUUGCCGAAAGAUAUGGAAGACUUUAUCGAGGGUGCUGGAUCGGCAGGAGUUAUCUACUUCUCACUAGGAUCAAAUGUUAAAAGCAAGGAUUUACCUGAAGAGCGCAGACAAAUGCUACUUAAAACUUUUGCAAGUCUUCCACAGCGUGUACUGUGGAAAUUUGAAAAUGAUCAGUUACCUGGAAAACCGUCUAAUGUAUUUCUUAGCAAGUGGUUUCCACAGCCUGACGUUCUAGCGCAUCCUAAUGUGAAACUUUUCAUUACUCAUGGAGGCUUGCUGAGUACGAUUGAGAGUAUUCACCACGGCAAGCCUGUGCUCGGUUUGCCAUUCUUUUACGACCAGUUUCUUAACGUUGAACGUGCUAAGCGAGCUGGUUUCGGCCUGGGCCUCGAUCACAAGGAGAUGACAUCCGAGGAAUUAAAAAAUACAAUUCAACGACUACUGACGGAGUCCAGUUUUGCGAAGACAGCUCAACAGAUGUCAGCUCGGUAUCGAGAUCAGCCGAUGAGUCCUCAGGAGACUGCUGUUUGGUGGACUGAGUAUGUACUGCGACACAAUGGAGCACAUCACAUGCGGGUUGCGGCACAGGAUCUUAGUUUUGUGGAAUAUCAUAAUUUGGAUGUGCUUGGAACGUUCGUAGGUAUUAUUGUUAUAGUACUUGUUGCAGCUACUUUGAUCGUAUGUAAGCUCUUUGGUUUUGGCAAAAGUCAGAAGGUAUGCAAUAGAAAAAAAUUGAAGGAUCAAUAAUAUAUUAUCGACAGUUAAACUCUAGUUAAAAU